CCAACCAACAAAACAAGCUAAGAUAAGAUAACACACAUAUACAUAACCGCCGUCGGUCAGUAACAAAGUACAUGCAGGACGUGCAGAGUUGUAGUCUCUAGUCGUCGUGCGGUGGUUCCGUUGUCGUUCAGUCGUUGUCACCGCAAAAUAUAUAUCCAAGUAUAAAUCCGCAUAAAAAUUAACAAACAAAAAAAAACACAUUUUGUAUCCGUUCAUAGACCAACAACAUGUGUAUGCGAGAAGAUACCAUCCGGGAUAGGGUAACAUCCCCCUUUGAGGUGCAUGUAUACUCAUCUACUGGUGAAGCGUCCAAGUCCUGAAAUCCUGUGCUACAGGGCUCUGGAGCAGCACAGCAAUAAAGUGCUUCUAUUUUAUACACACAUACGGUGUCAUAUAUAUCAAUGAGUGCGCGUCGUCCGCGCGUCCAUGUGUGUUACCUAUACAUUUUAUCGUCCUGCAGCUCGGCUCCGGCUGCCGCUGAAGCUUGUUCCAAAAGUUGAUGUGUGUGGUGUUCGAGCGCUGGUGCCCGCUAUCAUCAUCCUCUUUCUCAACUCAUCCAUUCGUCCGUCCUAGGUCUCUCCCUGGCAGAGAGUAUCCAAGGGUCUAUACAUAAACGCAACCAUCCAGUGUGUCUCUUCUACUAAUGACGUGCAUGUGUAUAUUAUUAUUUAAUUGUACAAUAACCCACCAAGUGAGUUCAAGCAGAUAAUCUGGACAGAGGCUAUUAUAUACCAUUAAAAAAAAUACCUAUAUAGGUAUACGCUUGGUAGGGAGGGAGGGCUGCUCUUCUGCAGCGUAUCAUGCCAUCAAGAGUUCGGAAUUAUAAUUAUGGCAUCCUCGACGCCGACGCCGUGCAGCGCUGUUUCUGCUCGCCCUAAUAGUAUCGGAGUAGCUCUCGCGCAAGAAGCCGGCUUCUUCUCGGGCUGUUGCAGAGAAAGAGGUAGCCCGUGCCGCGACAGCGGCUUCCUGAUUACUACCUGCACGGGGGAACGAUAACAGCGGUAAAGCCUCCGCUUUGGUCGUCGCGAGUGUGCACUGGCAGUUCGCGGGUCACAAUUAUAAGUGUAACGGAAGAAAGGCGUUUCCCCCCCGGGCGCGGAAGACUAUUUACCUGCUCGCAGAUGAGCGUGCGCCCAAGGGGUGAUGGUCGCGGUGUUGUUGUGUGCGUCGUGAACCAUCCAGCUACUUGUGAGAAAUAAGUGAUAAAAAGAAGGGGGAAGAGGAGGCUGGGACUGCAGAUUCGUGAACGAGGACUAAUACAAUUAACGUACGAGAUGUCGGGUGUCGUUGCCGAGGAGCUGCUGGUCACGCUGAGCCGCGACGAGGUGACGGGUUUUGGGUUCUCGUUGCUCGGUCGGGCCGAUUUGCCCCACGUCAUCUACAAGAUCGUCGAGAAUUCACCAGCCGCCGACAGCGGACAGGUCGAGGCUGGCGACGUUUUACUGAGGGUGAACGAAGUCGACGUCAAUCGGUUCAGUACUAAAGAAGUUUUAAAAUGUCUCCGGCUCUCCUCGGACACUGUCACGUUGAAGCUGCGCAAGGAUCCGGCGAUAAAGGCUCGCGUGCGAAACCUGCUGCCCCAGAGCGACGCGAUGGGCGAGGAGUCGGUGGAGAGCGGGCGCGCCUCCUCGGGCUCGCCCGAGCUCGUGGCCAGUCCUGUGGCGCCGGGUCAGGGCGCGGCUAACUGCCACAGCUCGUCGCGUAGCAAUGGCUCGUGCAGCGACGGCUCGGGAUCGUCGGACCUCGAGGCGCUCAUACCUGCCCAACAGCAGCCGGACAACUUCCACGAGGAGGACCGGGUGCAGUGGGAGCCCCUUGGCUCCGACAAGUUCUCCAGGCAGAAGAACCCGCCCAGAUUCGAGGCGUAUAUGAUGACGGGCGACCUGAUGCUCAACCUGUCGCGCACCCCCCAGAACGCCGGUUUUCUGCCUAACAAGCAGCAACAUCACCACCACCACCAUCACCAACGUCAGCAACAACAGAACCAGCAGAUAAAGACGGACUCGUUGAGGUACAACAAUCACCACCAGACUACCCACCACCACCACCACCACCACCAUAACCACCAAAAUAACAAUAACCACCACCACAACCACCAUCACCACCAAUACCAUAACUCGGUACCCACGAGCCCGAACGAAACGCUCGGCCAAAGGCGUCCCAGCGGCGGUGGUGGCAACUCGAGCUCUGCCAACAGCUCGCCCGUGGGCACCAACAAACGUGACAUUGCCUCCGGGGGUUUCCAAGCCGACCCGAGCGGCAGCUGCAAUCAAGCCACCGGAUCCACAGGGGUAUCCUCGUCGUCGUCGUCGUCAUCGGCAGCAGCAGCAGCGGUCACAACUGGUUACGCUACCUCGGGCUUCGUGCGCACCUCGAGGUCCGAGGACCAGCUGCAGCUCCAAAAGGACCCGUCCAUGUCCGGCGUCGACGCCGACAUGGACGACGACGUCACCUCGUCCCUCAACACCCUGCUGGACACAAGGGGCGAGGCUGGCACCCAAGCGCCAACGAGCGACCGCAUCGUCUGGACGUACAACGCCCCGGUCAGCGGGGCAUCGGUACCCUGCAACUCCUCGGCCCACUACUCCGACGCCGGCUCCUCCUCCUCCUCGGCGUCGUCCUCGUCGUCCACGUCCAGCAGCCACUCCUCGAGCUCCUCGACCGAGGCCACGAGUCCCCAGCGCUCCCUCUCGCCAGCCUCCCCGACCUCGGUCUCGUCUUCCGUCAUGUCCUCCAACUCUGGCUCCCGUAGGUUCCCCCAGGCUCCGCCCCCGAGCCAGACCCCGACCGCCAGCCACCUUCAGCAGCAACAGUUGUCGCACCACCCGCACCACCAGCUGCACCCCCAGCAGCAGCAACAACCGGUCGGUUUCUUCCCCACCAACGGCGAUUUCAGUCAAUCCGAGGUGAUAAGCAACAUGUCCAGUCCCGAUUACAACGACGAGGAGACGAUGGACAUACUGAGCGCCCGGGACAUCAUGAUGGUCAGCGACCCAAGCGACAGCGACUCGACUAUCCUGGCGAGCGAGCCACCCCAGCGUUACAAGCAGCAGCAGCAGCAGCAGCAGGACGAGCAGCACAGGAUAGUGAUACAGGUGAAGGGCCCGGGCCAGGAGAAGGAGUCGAGGCACGCGAGUCCGCGACAACCGAAGCGAAGGCCCGGGAGCGCGGGCUCGGACACCCAACACUCGCCCACGGCUCACCAGCAGCGGAACAACGGCCUUGGGUCCGAGCACCUCCAGAGCUCGUAUCAGGAGUUCAGGGAUUACGAGGACGAGAGGGAGCAGUAUGGUUACGAGGAGCAGCAGAGGCAACAGAGCGGGGCCUCGCCGCCCCACUCGGCCGACGAGGAGAGCGACAUCGAGAGCCUGCACAGCUUCCACUACAGUCCGAAGGCAGUCGACUUGCCGUCGGCCGUCAGGCUGGCCAAGAGGCUCUACUCCCUCGAUGGUUUCAAAAAAUCCGACGUCUCGAGGCAUCUCAGCAAAAACAACGACUUCAGCAGAGCGGUCGCCGAAGAGUAUCUCAAGUAUUUCAACUUCGAGCGGGACACGCUGGACGUGGCUCUUAGGAAGUUCCUCGCGCAGUUUUCGUUGACGGGCGAGACUCAGGAGCGGGAACGCGUGCUCGUUCACUUCUCCAAGAGGUACCUCGACUGCAACCCGGGAUCGUUCAAUUCCCAAGAUGCUGUACAUACGUUGACGUGUGCUAUAAUGCUGCUCAACACGGAUCUUCAUGGUCAGAACAUUGGCCGGAAGAUGUCUUGCGCGGAUUUCAUCGAGAAUCUAUCGGAGCUCAAUGACGGCGAAAAUUUCCCCCGAGAGGUGUUGAAACAGCUUUACAACGCCAUCAAGUCGUUUCCACUGGAGUGGGCACUUGACGAAGAGGGAGACGAGGUCGCUUCUCAGGCGAUGCAGCAGGGCGACGGUCAAGUCAUAUCUGCCACCGGAAAUCCAUUUCUCGACGUGCCAAACGUCACUGGCGCCACAGAAUUCAAGAAAGGCUAUGUCAUGCGCAAGUGUUGUUACGACGCCAAUGGAAAAAAAACUCCGUUUGGCAAGAGAGGAUGGAAAAUGUAUUAUUGCACCCUCCGUGAACUUGUAUUGUAUUUGCACAAGGACGAGCAUGGCUUUCGUAGCGACAGUCUUCACAACGCCAUACGCAUUCAUCACGGGCUUGCGACGAAAGCGUCCGACUACACGAAGAAGCAGCACGUCUUCAGGUUACAGACUGCCGAUCAAGCCGAGUAUCUCUUUCAAACUAGCGAUUCCAAAGAGCUACAGUCUUGGAUAGACACGAUCAACUUUGUCUGUGCGAGCUUCUCCAGUCAGCCGCUUGCCGGCGCGGUAGGUUCUCAACCAAAGUUUCAGCGGCCUUUGCUUCCAUGCAGUCAUACAAAAUUAAGUCCCAGAGAACAGCUGCGCGAUCACGAGGAUAGAGUCAACAAGUUGGAGAUCGAACUGGACGAGCACAGACGGCAUCCACCGGAAAGGGGUGCCAAAGCUCUGGCGAUACAAAAUUACAAAGAGAAAGAUGCUUAUUUACACUUUGAGCUCAAAAGGUACAAAACGUACGCGUACUUGUUGCGCUCGAGAUUAGCAUACACGGAAAUGGAGCCGUCUUUGGCUGAGAGCUGCAUCGGUGAGGUGGACGAGGGUAGCAGCGCUUUCGUGAACGCUGACGUAGCACUGGUGCCACCACCGGUUCCCGAAAGAACCACAAAUAGCAGCAGGCUUGACCCGACGACGACUUGAGCUACGUUCAAGCUGUUAUCCCUCACGAGCGAAGACGAUUUGACUGCACUCCCAUCCCUAUCACAACCUGGUAUCUGUCACACUUUAUCGCAUGCGACAAAAAUGUUUUUUCGAAAGACGAAGUAAAUACGUAAAAGUUACAAUUUAUCGACAAUUUUAACGAGUUUUAUCGUGAAAAGCACCGUUAUUUAACAUCUCUUUUUUAAAUAUUUUACCCACCAUGGAUGAGAAAGAUAAAUUUUAUGCAUUCUCAAUUACAUUGUGCACACCCGUACGUAUAUUAUAAGCAUGAAACUAUGAUAUUAUUAUUAUUAUUCGUGUUAAAGAAAUGUGACGAAACAACGGGCACUCUAAAAGAUAAAUUAUAAAUUAAAAAAUAGAUACAUUAUAUAUAUAUAUAUAUAUAAUGAGAAGAUUAUCAUUAUAUUACUAUUGAAAAUGUUAUAUACAAUUGUUGUGAAAAUUUACAAUGACUGCAGAGAUUAAAGUAAUGUAAGAAACAAGGAAAACAGUUCAAAGACUCAAAAGUGUUAGCUUUAGGAGACACGUAAGUGUAUUAUAGUCGACUGCUUGUACUUAAGUAUGUUUAAUUAUUGUACGUAUAUGGUAAUACUUUAUAUCUUUGUACAAAGCUGACGAGUGAAUUUGUGGCAAAUUCAUUGAUUGUUAAUUAUUGCAAGCAUGUGUCGAUGCCAAAGAAUUGCAUUUAAAAGAAAAAGAAAAUCGUUUUUUUAUAUGUACCUACUUGUAGCUAUAUUUUAUAUGUACUUAUCAAUCCAUUCUUGUAUUUUAAAACAAAAACAGUAUACAUAUGAAUGAUGGACAAAAGACUUGUGUGUAACAACGUUCAUUACGUUGACUUUUUUCCUUAUCAUUUUGUAAUAUCAUUUCCAUUCAUCACAAGAAGAAUUUUUUAAUAUCAUCCUAUGGAACGUUUAAUAAUUUGAAAAAAGUUGAUUGUUACUAAUAACAUUGCAAUUUUUUUACACAAAUUCAAGUUUUUUUUCUGCUUAUGAUUCAUCUCUUUCUGUGUAAUGGAAUUUACAUUUAGUGUAUAUUUUAUGUAAAUAAAU